UGAAAAUUUGGAAACCACUUCAGAAUUAUAAGAUGCAAUUAGGAUAGGUAGGGUUUAACACUAGGGAGUAAAUAAACAUACUACUCCGGCAUAUGUAAAACAUCUUUUGGCUCAGUUUUUAAUGCAAUCAAACCAGCGAGGAUCGAGCGGGUGGGAAAUUUUUUAUUACUUAUACUCGAUUUUGGGGAGGGAGAGAGGUAUUAUUGUUCAUGCCAAACCUGCAAAAUACAGAAAAGAGAGAGGCCAAUGGAAGGGAGAAAGGCUGAGUUCCACCAUGACGUUGCCCUCUUGCUACUUUUGAUGUGGGUGACUAUCUCAGAUUGCAUCACAGCAGAUUCUUCGGCAAGAGUGGAGUUUCUUCCUGGCUUUGAAGGGGCCUUCCCAUUUGAUUUCUUCUCCGGGUAUAUUAGUGUAGAUGAGGUGAAUGAAUAUAGACUGUUCUACUACUUUAUCAAGUCUGAGAAUAACCCAUCUAAGGAUCCCCUCAUACUCUGGCUCACUGGUGGCCCUGGAUGCUCAGGUUUCAGUGGUCUCGUCUUCGAAACAGUUGCAGGCCCUCUACGCUUUAAGGUGGUGGAAUAUGAUGGAACUGUACCUGCUCUUCAACUCAACCCUCAUUCUUGGACCAAGGUUGCCAACAUAUUAUACGUGGAUUCACCAGUUGGAACUGGGUUUUCAUAUUCCAAGACGCCUGGAGACUAUGCCACCAGCGAUUCCAAGACUGUGAAAGAUCUCCUUAAAUUUUUGACCAAUUGGUUCAUUGAAUACCCAGAAUUCUUGUCAAACCCACUUUACAUUGCAGGGGAUUCCUACUCAGGAAUAACUGUCCCAGUCUUAACUUAUGAAAUAGCCAAUGGCAUUGAUUCCGGUUAUCGACCUGUUUUUAAUCUCAAGGGUUACUUGGUGGGCAAUCCAGGCACAGAUGUUGAGUUUGAUUCCCAGUUAGUUCCAUUUGCUCAUGGGAUGGGGCUCAUAUCAGAUGAAUUGUUUGAGGCCACCAAGAUAAGUUGCAAUGGCAAUUAUGCUCACCCAAAAGGUUCGCAGUGUAAUUUAAACAUGCAAGCUGUGCAAGAAUGCCUUUCAAGAAUUAAUGAAGUCCACAUUUUGGAGCCAUCAUGCCCUUUUGCUUCUCCAAGACCAAGACUAGAAAUAGGAACAGGACUGAGGAGAUGGCUCGAUGAUAAAUCCUCUGACAUACAUCUCCAAUCAACUCCUAUAGUUUGCAGGGAAUAUGGCUAUAUACUUUCCCAUUAUUGGGCAAAUGAUGAGAGGGUUGGAGAGGCGCUCCACGUGAAGAAGGGAACUGUAGAAGAUUGGAAAAGAUGCAACUUUGGUAUCACUUUUAAAGCAGAUGUUAAAAGCUCUGUUCUUUAUCACCAUAAUUUGACCAUGAGAAGCUACUCAGCUCUCAUUUAUAGUGGAGAUCACGAUGCUAAAGUUCCAUUUAUUGGUACUCAAGCUUGGAUAAGAUCUCUUGAGUUCCCCAUCAUUGAUGAUUGGAGAGCUUGGGUGGUUGAUGGCCAAGUUGCAGGCUACACCAGGAGGUACGCCAAUAAUUUGACCUUUGCUACUGUCAAGGGAGCCGGUCACACAGCUCCUGAGUAUAAGCCCAAAGAAUGUCUUGCAAUGUUACGGAGGUGGAUCUCACAUGAGCCAUUGUAAAUUAUCAGUAUACCUGCAUGAAGUGAUCUUGUGUCAUUUUCAUCACUUCACUUGACUUAUAGUUCCAAAGGCAAAUAACAUGAUAUUGCUUGUAUGAUAUGUAUUCAUGAAGUGAUCUUGUGUACUCCACAUGAAACAAAUUGAUUUUCAUUCAAA